AUGGAUGGAAUGCCUUCAAUGUCCUCCAAAGAACAGAAGGUCACUUUAAGGGAAUUUUAUGCUGUGAUAUACCCUUAUCUUAGACAACUUGAAGGCGAGUUUAACGAACUGGAAGAUAAUAAUAAUCAUAAUUACAAUAAUAAGAAAAGCCGAUGCACAGAUGUUUUGAGCCGAAAGAAGAUGGAAGGCUGGAGGAAGCUGUCGGAUAAAGAUCAAGAUAGAGAUGAUGAAUGUGGAAUAUGCAUGGAAAACUGUACAAAGAUGGUGUUGCCCAACUGUGGGCAUUCCAUGUGCAUCACCUGCUUCCAUAAUUGGAAUGCACGAUCGCAAUCCUGCCCUUUUUGCCGUGACAGCCUAAAGAGAGUCAGCUCUAGAGAUUUGUGGGUUCUCACUAGCAACAGUGAUGUGAUUGAUACAGUUACCCUUGCCAAGGAGAACCUAAGACGUUUCUAUCUUUAUAUUGAAAAUCUACCUGUAGUUGUGCCUGCAACACAUGUUGUGGCUUUGGAGAUUCUUGAGUUACAUCAAAGAGUAGCCUGCCCGCCUCCAAUGACAAAGGCACCUUCAAGUCUCUGGCAACAGCACUGA